AAGACAAAACGCGUCUCAAUGUCUACUUCACCUAAUACCACUGUCAUCUUAUAUUUGAUAUCUCUUAUAAUACUGAGUUGUACCAAAUUUGUCAUAGCUACCAACUUCUAUAGAGAUUUCAACAUAUGGUGGGGCAAUGGUCGUGGAAGCAUUCAUGAUAACGGGAAACUUUUAAUGUUGUCUCUUGAUGAAUAUUUUGGCUCUGGGAUCCAAUCUUACAGGGCAUAUCUUUUCUCCCGAGUCGACAUGCAAAUCAAACUUAUUCAAGGAAACUCUGCGGGAACUGUUACCACGUUCUAUUUAGCAUCAGAAGGUGAUAAUCGUGAUGAGAUAGAUAUCGAGUUCUUGGGAAAUCUUUCUGGUAAUCCUUACACUCUUCAUACAAACAUGUAUAUCAAAGGGAGCGGCUCUAGAGAGCAACAAAUUCACCUUUGGUUUGAUCCAACCACCAGUUUCCACACGUAUACGAUUAUUUGGAACCCAUUUAUGAUUGUAAUUUACGUGGAUGGGACGCCUAUUAGAGUGUUCAAAAACUGGGAAUCGAGAGGGGUUCCAUACAUGCAGGAGCUUCCUAUGAGGAUAUAUGCGAGCCUUUGGAAUGCGGAUCAAUGGGCCACGAGAGGUGGGGCAAUAAAAACGAACUGGACAGAAGCUCCAUUCAGAACCUGGUUUCGGAAUUAUAAGGCCAGGGGUUGUCUUUGGAAGAAUGGGGAGUCUUGUUCAAAAGCUAUUAAACAUGAUUGGUAUAAACAAAAGCAACUAGAUUUGAGGAGCCUUGAGAUGCUGAAAUGGGUCCAAUGUAAUUACAUGAUUUACAAUUACUGCAAUGACUUUAAGCGCUUCCCGCAUGGCCUUCCACCAGAAUGUUCCCUCGAUACACCAACAUAAGCUCUCAACAUCACCAAAGUGGAUAAUGAUUUAUUUUGCCUUUUUGGUGAAUAAAGAGAAUAAGAUACACCAAAAGUAAAACGAUCACUUCCUUACAAGAAAAACGCUAACUUUCCUUGUCUGUCUCUCCCAAUGAACUCCAUGACCAAUUGGACAUAGUCAUGGAGAAAAUAGAAACUGCAUAUCCUUGUGACAUUAGUGCGAAAGAAAGAUAAGACUGACUUACAAUGUGACUUGAUGGACCUUUCUGUUUCAUAUCCAGAGACAAUACCACGACUUGAUCGCUUCUUCCUCGCGAUUUACUGGUCAUGCGCAAUUCAUAGUCAUCAGGGCGACUUGGCCAAGUCGGAAUUAUAUUAGUGGAUUGUACAUGUAGUUUUUGUGUCCUAGUUCUUUUUUUCCCUUCCCCCCUUACGCAAUUUCUAGGU